ACUUCAGAAACCGAAAAUGCCUUACAUUCCUCCACGAAAAACUUCUUCUUCACACAAAACUUGUAAACAAGAUGCAUCUCCACUGCAAAUCUUAUUACAAAUGGGAUUUCCACGACACCGGGCGUUGAAAGCCUUAGCAGCCACUGGGAACCGCAGUGUUCAGCUGGCCUCAGAUUGGCUGCUCACACAUGUAAAUGAUACCUACAUUGAUGUUGAGGAGCCAAGAGAGUAUAUAUUUUAUGCAAGCCCUUCUGGGCCUCUACUGACACAGCUGCUAGACUUCUGGGAAAGGUCUAAAACAAACACUGGGUGGAAUGGAGCACAUAAUUUUCCUCCACAUAUAACUUUGGUUUCAUUUUUCAAGGCCCCUGAUGAAACAUCUUUACAAUUGUCAAAAGCAGUGAAGCAUGCAGUGGAGACUGUAGGGGAGCCUCCCAGUUGCCCCCUGAAGCUGGAACCGUAUAUAUCUCAUAACUUCAUGGGGCUCUUUGUAUCAGAAGAGCAUGCAGAUUAUUUGAGAAAGAUUGCUGUGCAGUAUGUAAAGCAAGUGUCAUCAGCAUCAAUAAAUCUGGAGGCCCACGUGAACUCACUGCACAUAACCCUGGCGUACCACUUUGACGUGUCGGCAUACGACAAGCUAAAGAGCCUCGUGGAUGAGCUACAACCACUUGCUCAGAGCGGCUGGGAGCUGCGACUAUACUCCAGGGAUCCCAGGUUCAACAAUCAUCAGGUAUACAAAGUAACCCAAAGUUACACGCCUAAGGCCAGCGAUGAGCUUGAACUGGUCCUCGGGGACAAUAUUUACAUCGAGGAGAAGGAAUUCAGCACCUCCCCUGAUGGAUGGGUGCACGGCACUUCUUGGCUCACAGGUGUGAGCGGCUACCUGCCCGCAGUGUUCACGCGCCGCACCGCCGAGUCUGACGCCUGGACGCUACACAAGGCCAUUUCACUCGGAAACACAAACAGUUCUGACAGCAAGUCGGAAUCUGAUUCGACGGACGCGGAGAUGUCUUAUCCUCACGAAGAUGCCGCCCAGCUGGGCCACGAGAAAUCUGAAGAGACGUAUAAAGAGUGGGCGGCGUACUGGGAGGACGCCAUCGCGCAUAGAAGCCAGGAUGUGCUGACGGAGGCCCCGCAUCCAGCUGAGAUCGGCCAUGGGGCUCAUAGCAACGGAGACACAGGAGCUGGAAACGCAACAAGUAACGGAGGCAAGUCCGCCCGCCGGUGGUUUAUGUCGAUGCGGCACGGUGAGCGAGUGGACCUCACCUACGGGCAGUGGGUUCCAUUCUGCUUCGACGAGAAAGGCAACUAUGUGAGGAAGGACCUUAAUAUGCCUCUCACACUGCCGCAGAGGGCCGGCGGGCGCGACUCGUACCAAAAAGACUCGCCACUGACUCGCAUUGGCCGCCACCAGGCGUACCUGGUGGGCGAAGGCCUACGCCUGGCGGGAGUCCCCAUCAAACAUGUAUACGCCUCCGCGGCGCUGCGGUGCGUCGAGACCGCUCACGAGGUGUUACAAGGCUUACAAGACCCGACAGUGAAGAUCCGUGUAGAGCCGGGCCUGUUUGAGUACAAGCUGUGGUACUCCGCUAAGGGCAUGGCGCCCUUCAUGACCCCCAUUGAGCUACAUAAAGCCGGCUACCAAGUGGACAUUGAUUACAAGCCAUAUAUUGAGCUGAAUAUAGACACAAUGGAGUCAUUGGAGGAGUUCUAUGGCAGACAAGAGAAGGUGGUACAUUCUGUCGUCAAAGAUACCGAACUCGAAGGCGGCAACGUGAUGUUCGUGGGGCACGCCGCCACGCUGGACGUGGUGGCGUUCGCGCUGAAGCGGCUGGCCGGCGCCGAGCGCGCGCCCUACCAGCUCAGCAAGAACCUGCUGCGCGUGCCCUACUGCGCGCUCGCGGCCGCGCGCGACCGGCCCUGGGAGCUGGUCAGCCCGCCGUGCCCGCCCUCCAUCAACUCCAGCUCGGGCAGGUUCAACUGGAAGAUGCUGCUUGAAUGAACGGUUUUAGAUUGAUCAGUGUCUCUUCAUCUAUAAGCAGCUUUUUCGGAGUGAUGGUGGAGACUUUACUUUUGCGAAUAAUAACAGACUAGAAGAUGCUGAAGCGUCCCUUCAGCGCAGAAGCUUUAUAGAGUAAUUAUGGAGACUAUAUUUACAAAGUGCAGAAUUAAUAAUUAAUAGAAGGAUUCGCAGUGGAUAAGCAGAAAGUGUUAUAAAAACAACAAAACAAAAUGAUUAGCAGAACCUGUCAACAAGUCCUGUAAAGGCAAGUCUAUGUUUGUGUUGUCCACGCGGAAGGCAUUACUUACAAGUGUAAGACAAGAAAAGCGAAAUUGCGCUCAUUGCUCAGCUAGUUAUGGGACCCGUGAUCAAUAGUAUCAUCAUAUGCCAUGACAUUGGCAAUUUUGCAGUCGUAUGUACAAUAAGAAUACUAAAUCUUACUGAACAGAUACUCAUUAUACUCUCAUAUUACUGCCUAGUAAGCGAUACUGAAACCUAUGAAGUGGCGAAGAAUGAAAGUAUUACAGUAAAUGGUUAAUUAGGAGUGAUCUAAAUAAAUAUUGUACUGAAAAGGUGUUAGUAAUGGAGUAAAUGUGAUAAAAAAUAUUCUACGCACCUAUAAGUAAUUUCGACAAGUCUAUAAAUUAAGUGCAAGGUUCUUAUCUUUGCCACUGGUAAAUUAAUAUCAAUAAACAAAUACAAAAAAAACAGUAUUUAGAUGAUAUACGAGUAUAUCCUUUUUUCGUUACAGACAGGUUUACAUUUUGUGUUCGAUAUUGUUCCUCCGAUUUACUCUUUUCAUCUAUAGUGUUACUAGAGGCCGCCCGCGACUUCGUCCGCAUGGAAACCCUAUCAAUCCCGCGGGAACUCUGGGAUAAAAAGUAGCCUAUGUGUUAUUCUGGGUCUUCAGCUACCUACAUACCAAAUUUCAUGGUAAUCGGUUCAGUAGUUUUUGCGUGAAAGAGUAACAAACAUCCAUACAUCCAUACAAACUUUCGCCUUUAUAAUAGUAGUAGGAUCUACACGAUUGACCCCACACAAGUGGGUUAAGAAGAUGAAUAAAUUUUAAAUAUGCGAUCGAUGUAACGUGAUAAAUAAUGAGUGAAAUAUUCAUUAGAAAUUAAGUAUGAAAGAGGCAAACUUAAACGUAUUUGGCAGCUGUUAAGACGGUUGCGAAUUUACGAAUGUUCCUACUUUACUCGCCGUUUUU